AUGAAUAUGCCUCGAGCUGAUCCAGAGGUUUCCCCAGGGGAGGUCCCAAAGCCUUAUAAUGAAGCCCCAGAGUGUCAACAACAGACUCACUCAAGUGGUUUCUUUUAUAACUCUCAUCUGUUGGCGGUUGUUCCUUUUGUUACAGAUGCUCGAAAUUGGGACCAUAGCCCAACUAUUCCCGAUUCUAAAGAGGCUUCAGGAAUGUGGAUGGCUGUGAAAAGAGGUGAGGAGGUAGGUGAUCAUAUGGAAACCUACUUUCAGAAUAUGUCCCUGAAAAGGAAGGCUUUGGCUGAUAUUGUUGAUAAUGAGGAUCCUUUGGAAAGUUGCAAGCGUAAUAAAAGGGCUCCUGGCUUUCACAGUGCGCUUCCCUUGAAUCCUGGUCUUUUUGGUUUUUCUCCUGGAGCAAAUACUAUUCCGCAGACUCAACGUCGAAGGUACAAAUGUAAGCCUAAAAGGAGCCCUCAGGUCAAGCCUUAUUCGGAUCUUCACUUUUCCCAUAUGGAGGAGCUGGAACAUCAUUCACAUCAUCAAUAA